CCCUGGUCCCUGUAGUACCUAUCCCAAGUAUCUACCGUUAAUAGCGUAUCUUCCAUCGCUACCAGACGUUGCCGUUGGUCAUGGGCGUCAUGGUCACAGUCCAGCGGUGGUUUGGGUAAUCCGCCGCGCGGAAUUGGUUAGACGCCCGGUUGGCCAUGCUGUGGCAUCAUCUGAUCAGACCCCUAGCCCAAGUCCACACGAUGGUCCCGGCACCUGGUGAGAGGACCCUACUCCCGGGCGGAUCAUCACCUGGGCACCCCAGUAUUUAAUCACAUCUUGGCGGGGAGACCACUAGCGUCAUUACUUGGCCACUGCUUCACUCUCUUUCCUGUCGGUCAUGUCUACCGUCGGCCUACGUCGUUCUCCAAGGACCCUGUCCGGUCGCAGGCUGCUCAAGCAGCACGCCCCACAUCGGUCCCUUGCAACGGUCGCUCCUCCCAAACUCACCAUUGGCAUUCGACAAGAAGAUUCCGCCAGAAUCUGGGAGCGCAGAUGCCCUCUGACACCCAACGCUGUCCAAGAGCUCGUUCAGCAAGACGGCAUCGACGUCAUCGUGCAACCUUGUGACAGGAGAAUCUUCCCCGCUGACAACUUCCUUAAGGCCGGCGCCAAGGUACACUCCACCCUCGAACCAGCGCAUAUCAUCGUCGGCAUCAAGGAAACCCCCUUGAAUGAGCUCAUCACAUCACCGGUGUCGGCACCCCAACUGUCGGGGAUGCUCACCCACCGUACCCACCUUAUGUUCUCCCAUACAACGAAAGGCCAACCGUACAACAUGCCUUUAUUGUCGCGCUUCCUUAGCGAAAAUGACUCACAGUUCCCCACACUUCCGAGAUUGAUAGACUACGAGCUUCUCACGGGUUCUGACGGCAAAAGAACCGUCGGCUUCGGAUGGUUUGCUGGUGUCGCCGGCGCGUUAGAGUCACUUUCUGCACUUGCUCAUGCACACCUUGAAAUUGGUGUAGCCUCGCCCUUCCUGCACACACCGCGACCACAUAGUCAUCCCUCGAUCCCGUCACUUCGUGCGACGUUGCGUACCAUUGGACAACGGAUCGCUGAGGAUGGAACGCCGAAGCCAUUGGGAGCGUUUGUUAUAGGACUUACCGGAAAUGGUCAGGUUUCGCAAGGCGUCUUAUCGAUUCUCGAGGAACUUCCUAUCGUCAAAGUCAGCGUGAGGGAUAUGCCCUCGCUUGUUAGUAACCCUGAGACGGAUUUGCGCAAGGUGUACUUGGUGCAUGCGUCACCUGAGGACUACCUCUCUCGUAUGGACGGAGGUCAAUACAGUCGAUCUCAUUACUACGAAAAUCCGUCCCUUUACAGAUCCGACUUCGCCACCAAGGUUGCUCCGUACCUCACCCUUUUCUUAAAUGGAGUUGGUUGGCUUCCGGGCUUCCCCCGUCUGAUGACGAACGAGCACCUCGCAGUCGCACUGAAUCGUGCAGCCGAAGUUGGCCCUGGGCGGUUUGGAACGAUUGGAGAUAUUAGCUGUGAUAUUGAAGGUGGCCUCGAGUUCAUGCCCCGAGCGUCAACCCUCUCCGAACCAGUGUUUAAGCACCGCCCAGCCUUCCUGCCGCCCCAUCUGCCAGCUGUGCAUAUCAUGUCGGUCGACAUUCUCCCAUCCAGUUUACCUCUUGACGCGUCAAACCACUUUAGUGGCGUACUGAUGCCGUAUCUGAGGGCGCUUGUCCGUGGGUAUCGGGGGACUCGUGCGGGCGCAGAGAAACAAUGCCAGUACGAUGAGGCACUGGAGCGUGCUACUGUGGCAAGAGAGGGCCAACUAGUGGGGAAGCACAAGUGGUUGAGGGAACCGGUGGAGAAGUGGCGUUCAGCCUCUAUGUCGCCCACAGCUCAUGCUACGGCCUCAUCGACAAGGCCGGCACCUGCUGAGGACACGGUGCACAAGAAGAAGAAUGUGUUAAUGCUCGGGAGCGGGAUGGUAGCUGGGCCUGCUGUCGACGAGAUCUGUAAGCGAAGCGACGUUGAGUUGAUUGUUGCGAGUAACUCGAUCGACGAAGCCAAAAGCCUUACCCACCACCUCUCUAAUGCUCGUGCACGUUUUCUAGACGUAAAUGACGGCGAAGCAAUGGCACGGCUCAUUGAAAAAGCUGACAUUGUUAUAAGCUUACUUCCGGUUCCAUUCCACCCCUCCGUUGCGGAGUUGUGUAUUCGACAUGGAAAGGAUAUGGUAACGGCGUCGUACAUAUCCCCUGCUAUGCGUGCUCUACAUGAACGAGCUGAAGCAUCCGGCGUGCUCCUCCUAAACGAGAUAGGGCUCGAUCCAGGCGUCGACCACUGCUCCGCGCACUCUCUUCUCUCCCGCCUUCGCAGCGAGCGCAAGCGUGUGCUGUCUUUCACGAGCUUCUGUGGUGGUCUACCAGCCCCGGACGUCGUGGCGUCGACGCAAGGAGUUGGUGAUACUUCGUUAGGCUAUAAGUUUAGUUGGAGUCCUAGAGGCGUGCUGAGCGCUGCAUUAAACGGGGCGCGGUUCAAGCUAGGUGGAGAGGUGGUCGAGAUCUCCUCUGAGGAUAUCCUGCGCAGAUAUUUUCCCGAUGUGUCUGUCCCAGAAGGCGCAGCUCUCAGGUUCGAAGGGAUUGCAAACAGAGAUAGUUUGCCCUAUGUGGAGACAUAUAGUCUUGGCGAUCUGAGUAAAUUGAGGACUGUGCUGAGGGGAACACUGAGAUAUCCCGGGUUCUCGGACCUUAUGGACGCAUUCAAGACGAUCGGUCUUCUCUCGCCUUCUCCUUCCUCACAAAUACCUCUCACCGGAUGGACCGAUCUCACCCGCUUCGCGCUCCAACACAAGCUAGGAACAAACGUUCCUGGGGACUACGACUCCAUCCAGGCCGCCCUAUUCGAUCUCUUGCAAGGAAGGCGUGGGAAGGAGAACAUUGAGAAGGUGAUCGACUCGCUAAUGUGGUUGGGCAUCAUGCCGCCUCGCCCGACCCACUUACCUCGCGUGAACGUCGCCCCUCUCCCCGUGUCACCAUUACUAUCACCAGCUACUGCCCCAAUCGACCUUUUCACCCGGGUGCUCGCUCACAAGUUACGUUACCUCCCCGGCGAACGGGAUAUGGUCGUUCUCACACACGAAAUUGUCGUUGCCCCUGAGCACGCGUUGGACGGUGGACUCGACAAGGCCGUGGAGGAGUCGGCCGAGGUACAUACGUCGACGUUGAUCACCUACGGCACGCCGAAAGCCUCCGCGAUGGCAACGUGUGUUGGACUUCCAGUCGCGUUCGCGACGCUUACCGUCCUGGAUGGAAGAAGCACAGCAACGGGCCUCGGGCUUGGACUUGGAUCAGGUGUCAGAGGUCCAACGGAGGUGCAAGGCGUAUGGAGCGCGGUUCUCGGCCGGCUCGAAGAAGCUGGUGUUGGGAUGAAGGAGCGAGUUCGCAAGGUUCCUCGCAGGAACAUGACAUGUGACGAGGGCGCGAUGGAAGGGAAGCUAUCCCUUGGGUUCUUUGGACGUUCUUGAUCCGUUUAUGCAGGACAAAUUGCAUUACUUACAGACUCUUGCAAUAAUUUUAGCAUUGCAUAGUACAGAGACCAGAAUUGGAGUGUACACACGUGUAUUCUGUCGGGGACUUGUAUAUACCAUAGGAGAAGAUAGCUCAGAACAUGUCAUCUUGUCGCCCUUGUCGAC